GCCCGCCCCUGGGCGGGCCGCGCGGGGGUCACGGGGUCAGAGGGCGGGGCGGGGCCGGGCAGAGGCGGAAGCGCCCGCGGAGGGCCCUGCUGCCCGCUGUCCCGCUCUCGCACCUCCUCGGCCCUAACCUGCCUUCGCCCGCUUCGCGGGCCCCCGCGGGUCAGUGUCCUGGGACUUCUGCCCCUGGUCACGCACCUGGACCGGGACCUUUAAGGUCUCUUGGUACGGGCCUCUCUGUGCUGUGUGCUAUGGUGGCUCUGUGGACCCUCACUCUGGCCUUGGCCGCAAGCCUGGCUGCCCCCAGCCCACCUAACAUCGUGCUGAUCUUUGCUGAUGACCUGGGCUACGGGGACCUGGGCUCCUAUGGGCACCCCAGUUCCUCCACCCCCAAUCUGGACCAGCUGGCCGCAGGGGGUCUGCGGUUCACGGACUUCUACGUGCCUGUGUCUCUGUGCACACCCUCCCGGGCUGCCCUCCUGACCGGCCGACUCCCAGUUCGGAUGGGCCUGUACCCUGGAGUUCUGGAGCCCAGCUCCCGCGGGGGCCUGCCCCUGGAGGAGGUGACCCUGGCUGAGGUCCUGGCUGCCCGUGGCUACCUCACGGGGAUAGCUGGCAAAUGGCACCUUGGGGUGGGGCCUGAGGGGGCCUUCCUGCCCCCACACCACGGCUUCCAUCGAUUCCUGGGCAUCCCAUACUCCCAUGAUCAGGGCCCUUGCCAGAACCUGACCUGCUUCCCGCCGGCCACCCCCUGCGAUGGCGGCUGCGACCAGGGCCUGGUCCCUGUCCCACUGUUGGCCAACUUGUCGGUGGAGGCACAGCCCCCUUGGCUGCCUGGACUUGAAGCCCGCUACAUGGGCUUCGCCCGUGACCUCAUGGCUGACGCCCAGCGCCAGGGCCGCCCGUUCUUCCUGUACUACGCCUCCCACCAUACCCACUACCCCCAGUUCAGCGGGCAGAGCUUUUCGGGACGCUCAGGCCGAGGGCCGUUUGGGGACUCCCUGAUGGAGCUGGAUGCAGCGGUGGGGGCCUUGAUGACAGCUGUGGGGGACCUGGGGCUGCUUGGAGAGACACUGGUCUUCUUCACUGCAGACAACGGGCCUGAGACGAUGCGGAUGUCCCACGGCGGCUGCUCUGGUCUCCUGCGAUGUGGAAAGGGAACCACUUUCGAGGGGGGUGUCCGAGAGCCUGCCUUGGCCUUCUGGCCAGGCCACAUCGCUCCCGGCGUGACCCACGAGCUGGCCAGCACCCUGGAUCUACUGCCCACCCUGGCAGCCUUGGCUGGGGCACCGCUGCCCAACAUCACCUUGGAUGGCGUUGACCUCAGCCCCCUGCUGCUGGGCACAGGCAGGAGCCCCCGGCAGACCCUCUUCUUCUACUCACCAUAUCCAGACGAGGUCCGAGGGGUGUUUGCUGUGCGGAGCGGGAAGUACAAGGCACACUUCUUCACCCAGGGCUCUGUCCACAGCGACACCACUGCGGACCCUGCCUGCCACGCCUCUAGUCCUCUGACUGCCCAUGAGCCCCCGCUGCUCUUUGACCUGUCUGAGGACCCUGGUGAAAACUACAACCUUCUGGGGGGUGUGGCUGAGGUCACCCCAGAGGCGCUGCAGGCGCUGAAGCAGCUUCAGCUGCUCAAGGCCCAGUUUGAUGCUGCCGUGACCUUCAGCCCCAGCCAGAUAGCCCAAGGCGAGGACCCUGCCCUGCAAAUCUGCUGUCAGCCCAGCUGCACCCCCAGGCCAUCCUGCUGCCACUGCCCUGAGCUCCAGCGCUGAGAGCACAGGCAGAGGCCAGCCCAGGCCGCUCGCCCUACCCGGGCAUGUGACGCUUCACUGCUGUGCUGGGGGGGUGUGGAGGGGGUUUGUACCCGAGCGAGCUAAAAACAGCAGCUGGCACUUGUAGGUGUGAUCAUUCAUGUGCUGCUUGUGGUUGCCCUGAGAUAGGUGUUGUUCUACCUGUUACACAUGAGGGACCUGAGGCACGGAGAGCUCCAGCGACUUGUCCGAGGUCACCUAGCCAGUGAGAGGUUGGCUCGGAAGCUGCCCCCUCCCCCUGGCGAUGGCUGUGUCAGUGCAGACAGGCAUGGUGGUGAGUGGGCACAUCCACUCAUGGGUGCUUUUAUGUGCCAGGACGGGGCGGGGAGGGGGAGAGGGCAUAGUGGACAGCGGGCCCCGAAGACGCAGAGUGCCCGUAAGAGCCAGGUUUUCCCCAGGAAGAAGCACAGGAACCGGACCACCCUGGCUCUUAGGAACCUGUCUGAAGGCGGGUGAGGAGUUGCACGUUCUACGUGGUGAAGUGGGCUGGGGGGCCUGCCGGCUCUGAGGGAGGCACAUCAGCAGCUCCAGAGACGCCCCCUCAGCCCCCCAUGCCCCUUUCAAAGAUCUGUGUUUCCCACCUGCACGCAUGUUUCCAGUCUCCUGGCUUCCCCUCUGCCGCCAUGGGUGCCGUUCUCCACCCAGCAAAGUGAUCUCUUAAAAACAUGCAGGUUUGGCUCCAUCCAUGCUCAAAACGACAGGCUUCCCAUCAUGCUCAGAACAGGACCCAGACUCUGGAGUGGCUCGCCGUGCCUCACCCCACACCCCUUGUCCCUCAGCCCCGGCAGCUGGCCAGGUGCCCCACCACGGAGGCAAGGUGCUCAUCCUUGACUCUGCCUAGUGCCGUCUCUGCAGAAAGGGCCUCCGACAGGCCUCCUGACUGCCCACCGUCCGCAUCUGCACAGCGUGUAGCCCUCCCGGGAUUUCCUUGAGCGUGUACCGAUGUCAGGGCCACGUGCUCCUAAAGCAGCUCUCACACCCCCACGUGCUCCCUCAGCCUUGGCUGAGUGACAGGAGUGCUAUCUGGGUGCUCAGGACCCCAAGUGGGUGGCCUGUCCUCAUGGUAGGCCAAGCAGCCAUCCCCUUCCUACUAAUGGAUCCCAACUUUUUCAUGGUGGGCAGAGGCCCCUUGACCUCUGAGGUGCAGCCUCUCCUAGCCUCAGGAGGGUUGUGGCCAGUCUGAGCCAAUCACAAUCCAGUGAUUGGCCCAAGAGAGGCAUGUCACCAAGAGACCUGGUCAGUGAAAGGUCAGGGCCAGUCCGCUGGAAUCCCUGGGUCUUCUUCAGCAUUCAUCCCCCGGGCGGGGGGGGCGGGGUGAGGACAGUGCUGUGGCAUCACUGGCUCUGACCAGACACUAUGCAGCCGCUAAACCAGUGUAUCCAGCCAUAUGCCUCCAGAGCUCACAAUGUAAUAAAAUAAACCAGCCUGUUUAA